GCAUGAAUGUGGAACGAGAAAGCACAAGGAAUGCGACAGGAAAGAAGAUGGACCUUAUCUUCAGAGACGUGAUCCAGAAGAAGGAUUGGAUGAUGGUUGAACGGAUGCGAGAGUGGGAUACUCAGUCCACAAAGUUCUUGACGGAGAUAGACCUUUGUCUGUUUAAAGAGACCACCACAAUUAUGUUGCAUAGGCUUCAGGACACAAGAAACGAGGAGAUGUGGGAGAAAGGUCGCUUCUUUGAGAUUUACCCAGGGAGCCAGGGUUUCCUGACGUUCGAGGUGCGGCCAACUGGAGGCAUGUCAUAUGUUUCGUUGUUCCAUGCAUGUCCUGUGUAUGAUCUGCCAGCCACGCCUGAGGAAAUGGUGCCUCAAGUUCAAGGUUUAGCACAUCUCUUGCAAGCUCGUCAAGUCAUGUUGAAGACAAUCGCGUUGUAUCAACCCCUGCUUGCCGAGUCACUCAAAGAUGAUGAUGAUGAUAAUAAUAUCGUACAGGAUUUUGACUGGGUGUAUGGUGCAAGCCAUACGGAUCUCGAUGCCACCAUCGACCUGGCAUCGUCCCCCAUCUCGCAGCCUCACUCGCCCCAUUUGUUGUGAUUACCAGUACUUGAAUUGAAUUGGCAUCGGUCGCAGCGGAUUCAAUGGCGGAGCGGGCUGUUUGAUAGCCACUGCACGCACCCAAGUCUUGUAGAUAUAUGUAGUCAUGCCUGCCUAAAUAUAUAAAAUUGCUUGAUGGACCACCCCCUCGGGGACGACGUUGCUGUCUCUGGCGGUGCCGAAGUGUCGGUUGUCUCAAGCGACAGCCGGAGUGUGCUCGAUUGUGUGCCCUUGUGCUCCAGGCUGUUAUUCUAAAAGACUUCAGCGAGCGCGAAGAUUUAGUCGCUUUUUCUGGACGUUUAUUCGAGGGGUCCUCAUUAUAGCUGGCAUCGAGAGUCGGGAGUUGGAGGGCGUAAUCGAAAGGAAUAAGGAACGAAAGAACGAAGGCAAGACGUGUUAUGGCU